AUGGGUCCACAACGUAUUAUUGAUCAACAUUUGCGACUGACUCACUUUUGCGCGCGACCCCUGGCUUCGUCAGAAUUCAUCAUGCUUCACUCUAUCAUUCAUGGUGUAUUAAUUGUUCCGGACUUUGCUGUUCCCGGAGAUCAUUUCCUUGUUGAUUAUGUAGACACUGACAUAUUUCUUCAUUCUCAGAGACGACUCUUUUAA